AUGAGACAAGAAGACGACCAAAGCAGUGUUCAACCAUUGAAUUUCAAGACAGUGUGCGAGGAUGAGACCUUGUUAGAAGCGGCACUAUGCACAGAAGUGAUGUUGUGUGUAUCUGAUCCAUCUGGAGAACUAUUAUUCGAGUUGCACAUGUUAUCUUGCAAUCAGUCGGUUCAAGCCUUGGAAUGUAUUUUUGUAAGUCAACGAACGGUUGUGAAAAAGUUCCCAGACAUGAUUUUUGAGCAGGAGGCUGAACAAUGUGGAGAAUUGUGCUUACAACUUCUACGUCAUUGUGCAUCUCGAUUACCAGCUGUUCGAACGCAGGCCGCCGCUAGCUUGUAUUUGCUGAUGCGAGAGAGCUUCGAAAGUGGCAGCAGCUUGGCAAGAGUGAAAAUGCAAAUCACGAUGUCAUUGUCAACGUUGGUGUCGAAUGCAACUAGGGAGGGUGUAUGGCUGAACGAAGAUUGCCUAAGAAGGAGUCUGAAGGUCAAAGAUCUCGUUUGUAAUAUUCAUAUGAUACUCUCCGAUACAGUGAAGCUCAAAGAAAUUUGCUAA